AAUAGAACCCAAGGGUAGAAAGUGUAGAGAAAGUGUACACUCGAUAUAGAUGCCCUCACGAAACGAACAGAGACGUAUGCGUCACUUCCGUCAAAACGAACUCCAAAGUGUACACUUUUUGUAAAAGCGUAGAAAGUGUAGGCAGAAUGAACAAACCUAGUGUAGAAAGUGCAGGCAAAUCGAACAAACCUAAUGAUUGUCACAUAAUUUUGCUAUAAUUUUUUUGUUCUACUGUAUGUAUAUAUGCCUAUAUUGAAAACAAUUGCGUGUAAAGUUGAACGCCCAAGUUGAACAAAUAGGGUUAAAUUGCACAAAUUUACAUUUUUAAUUACGACGAUCCAUUAUAAACAUGGAUAUCAUAAUAAAGUUAAAUGAUCAAACAGUAGGAAGAGAUAAAAUGAUAAGAUUACUACAGUAUGGCGUUAGAGCAUGUUGGUAUUAUGCUCAGAGUAGAGAAAGUACAUGUCAUUCCAUUGAUAUCCUUAAAAGUCUGGAAUACACAUUCAGUUCCUUUCGUAAAUUGUUACGUCUUGGAAGAUUUCUCGAUGCUCUAUAUUCGGCUAUAAAUCUUAUGAAAUAUCCAGAUCUAUAUGUAAGAGUUACUUCAACGUUAUCAAAAAUUGCCAAUGCUUUAUUUCUCUUAGCCGAUCAUAUUAUCUGGGUAGGUCGAGCAGGGAUUGUUCGAGUAAACAUGGAUAAGUGGAAUUCUAUUGCAAAUAAGUAUUGGCUCAUGUCACUUUUAUUCAACCUUACAAGGGACGUAUAUGAAAUAACUAAUAUUUUAAAUGUAAAGAAUUUUGCAGCUUGCUCAAAGAUGACUUGUUAUAGGUACACAUAUCAAGAAUAUUAUCAAACAAUUGCUUGGUGGAGGGAUCACAAAGAUAUUAUAUUAGAUACGAUAAAGAAUGGCUGUGACGUGUGUAUCCCUCUAACUGCUUUAGGUUAUACACGUAUAAGUCCUGGUAUGGUGGGAAUACUUGGUUUGAUUUCAUCGCUUGUAGGUCUUUACACAAUUGUGCACCCACUCGCUAAACUGACUCCUUAAAAAUAAUUCAGUUUACUUGAAAUUUUAAAACCAAAUAAUAAAUGUUAUUUUAGUAAAGGGGUGCAAAGGAAUAUCUUGCCUAAGAUAUACAUAUGCUACAUGAUUAAAAAAUGAAAAAAAAAGUUCAUUUGAAAUUUUAUAACCAAUUAAGAAAUGUUAUUUUAGUAAAAGGGUACAAAGGAAUAUCUUAUCUAAGAUGUUAUACAUAUUCUGAGUGAUUAAAAAUCGAAUAACCUCCUAAAAAAUAUUUUAAUAAAAUAUUCAGAAAAUUGUGAGUAUAUCUCGUGUUUCUUUGAAAGCAUUAAUCAACAACAUAUUUGUGUUUAAAUAAAGUUUUGUUUUUGCAAAUUAUUUUGGGACAAAUAUUUAAUACAAAUGAAUUUUAUUCAUUUCUGCAGGGUCCGUGCAUAUUGUUUUUGCAAAUUAUUUUGGGACAAAUAUUUAAUACAAAUGAAUUUUAUUCAUUUCUGCAGGGUCCGUGCAUAUGAAUUUAUACAAUACAAUUUGUCAGAAAUGUUAAAAAUCAUUAUUUUAUAUUUUAUCUUGAUUCUGCAUUUAAAUAUUUUUUUUGUACUGAGUAAUAAACCAAAAACAAUUUCAUACUAUCUAAAUAACUCAAUGUAAUAGUCUUAUAAUGAAUUUAAAUAAUAGAAAACUAUAGAUAACUAUACUACGCAGUUGUAAAUGUAUGAUAACAUUUAGAAUGGAUGGUAUUAUUUUGUAAUUAUGUGCUGAUAAAUAAACAUGAUAUUCUUAUAAAUAAUAA